UUUGAUCAUGGUCAUCUAUCGAGAACAGCUUGUUGUCGUGUGUAUGAUGUAUUGACUGAAAGUUUGCCCCCUCCCUAUCAUAUUAACCACCCUCGUCUUUAUAACGUAACCAUACCCCUAGCGGAGCUGUACCCUAACGGGGUUCACAUCACUUCGCUGAGUGUUAAUUGGUCAGCUGCUGAUGAUAAAAUAGAAAUCACGGAUGGAAUCACGGGAAAGACUACACCAUUAUCUCCGUUUAAAUCUGGUAAACUGAUGGCCAGUAGAUUAUGUAAAGCUGCCUUUCUAUCUCGGCAUAAAGACAUGGCCAGAAUGUCUCAAAAACAGUCUUUAGAACAAGUACCCACGUACGAGGUGGCAAAACGAAACUCGGUUCAUUAUCAACAGGCUAAACAGGCUUUACAUGAACAUUUUAUAGUCAGUCAAAUAGGAGCCUGGAUCAAAAAACCUAAAGAUAUGGAUAAUUUUACUAAGUGA